CUUCAGAAAGCCAGAGCCCUCGCGACUGUGGAUGAGAGUUUGUGGCUGGACAGCAACUUCGGCAAGUGCGACAUCAAGACGACAUUCGACUCGUUGGUCGAAUCGGCGACCUCGACGCGCAAUGCAUACAUCAGCGGCAUGUGCACGGUUUUCGCUGACAUGGUCGAGUCAGGGAAGGAAGAGCUCGGCGAUCUUGGGGCUACGUGGAGGAAAGAGCUGCCGGACAAUGCCUCCAUGAUUUGCUUGCGUGAGAAGGCGAAGGAGAUUCUUCCAGACGUGAAGGUGAUGGAGCAGAAAUGGAAGAACCUCAGCACCAGAACUACCAGCUUGGCGAAGGUCCUGAAUAAGUUCAAGAAUGUGGAGAGUUGCCCUGAGCUCGAUGCGCAGCAGAAGGUGAACGACAACGGCACUGCCAGGCUUAAGGUUUACCGCUUGGCGAUUUGCGAGUUUGUGUUCUUGGAAGAUGAGAACCUGAACAAGGAUACCAUCAGCAAGCAGAUCAAGGCGCUUGCUUCCAUCGGCGCACAGACAGUCGACCUCCACAAGACGAUCUUCAACCAUUCUGACUGGAUCUGUGUUGGACCGGAUAUUGCCUCUCUCGCCGACUGCGCCUACGUCUUCGCGCGCGGCUUCGUGCUUGUCGACCCCCACUUGCUCGCGGUGUCCGCCUUCGUGAGCCUGGGCCACUUCCAGGCUUGA